GAUGGCGUUCAUACCACUUUCAUCCCUGCUCCCAUAAAUACAGCAACAGCAGCUCAAACCUACCAAUCUCAUAUUGUACACUUCACGGAGUCUUCAGGUUUGAACCAACAUCUGAAAAGGAUGAAGGGUGUUAUGAUCUUUCUGGUAUUGUCACUGGUCAUCCUCAUGGCUGAACCUGGCGAGUGUUUUUGGGGAAAAUUAUGGAGAAGUGGAAAGGCCGCAGUUCAAGCAUGGAACGGGAGAAGAGAUCAACAGAAAUUCAUGGACAUGGAGAAGAGAGGGGAUGGUCCUGAUUAUGGCCAAGGACCUGAUGAUGGCCAAGGAGGCCCGCCUUACCGCCGCUGAUUCUGAGAAUGCAUAUGAAGGAGGAAGACCUGAGGACGGGGAAUUCAGCAUCACUUCUGUUGCUUUGCACUUUUUAAUCAUGAAAUCAAAUAACCCCAGCAGAAUCACUGUCUUGGGUUCAUGUCAAUCAUCCUGCUUUAGCAAAUGAAUAAACUGCAUCAUAAAAGCA